UAAUGUUAACAUAUCUAUCCCAAGUCCAAGGUCUCUGUGCGUGCUUCUAUUCCUAGUCCUAUCCACUCCCUUAGCCGAACAACGUUGCCAACCAGAGCAAGCAGAGAGUAACAUUUUACGUACCCCCAGUCCGGUAGUCAUGAAGGCGGAGGUGGCCAUAGUUCUCUACCCUUCGCCGGCCAUCGGCCACCUAAUAUCGAUGGUGGAACUCGGCAAGCUUCUCCUCGCCCACUGCCCUAACGAUUCCCUUUCCGUCCACGUCCUCAUCUCCUCCCAGGCCUACAACGCUGGCUCCAUCACUCCUUACAUCUCUGCCGUCUCCGCUGCCGUCCCCUCCCUCACCUUCCACCACCUCCCGUCCAUGUCCCUCCCCCCGGACUUCUCCACAACCUCCCCUCACCAAGAGACCCUCGCCUUCGAGCUGCUCCGCCUCAACAACCCCAACCUCCGCGAAGCCCUCCUCUCCAUCUCCGCUGCUCAUCGCACCGUCAAUGCCCUCGUGAUGGACUUCUUCUGUUAUGCGGCUUCCAAAGUCGCACGGGAUCUCUCCAUCCCGUGCUACUACUUCUUCACCUCCGGUGCCGGGUUCCUCGCCUCCUUCCUCUACCUCCCCACCCUCCAUGAGAAGUAUUCCGAUGAGGCCUACACCAAUCCAAGGACCCUCCUCGACGUCCCGGGAAUACCGCCACUUCCGGUGCCGGAUGUUGCCAAUCCGUUGCGAGACCGUGCAGAUGAGGCCUAUGUGGGGUUCCUGGAAUCUUCCAAGAGCAUGAGGGAAUCCUCUGGUAUCAUCGUCAACACGUUCGACGCGCUCGAGCAUGGAUCCAUCCGAACUAUAACCGAAGGGCAGUGUGUACCCGAGGGCCCCACCCCGCCUCUCUACUGCAUCGGGCCAUUGAUAUCGGAUCGCAGCAGGGAAACCAACGGUGGCGAUGCACCACCGGAGUGCUUGAAGUGGUUGGACGCGCAGCCUAGCAGGAGCGUGGUGUUCCUGUGUUUCGGGAGUCUCGGGGUGUUCUCGAGGGAGCAGCUCGGGGAGAUCGCCGUCGGCCUGGAGCGGAGCGGGCAGAGGUUCCUCUGGGUGGUUCGGAACCCGCCGCCUGACCCGGCCCUCAAAGUGGCCACCAUGGCCCAUCCCGACCCGGACCUGGAUUCGCUUCUCCCAGAGGGCUUCCUGGCCCGAACUGGCGAUAGGGGGCUGGUGGUGAAGUCGUGGGCCCCGCAGAUGGCGGUCCUGCGGCACCGCUCCAUGGGCGGGUUCGUCACCCACUGUGGAUGGAACUCGACGCUCGAGGCAGUCUGUGCAGGAGUGCCAAUGAUCGCCUGGCCUCUUUAUGCCGAGCAGCGGCAGAACCGCCUGCUAAUGGUGUCUGAGGAGAUGAGGAUCGCCCUGCAGAUGGAGGAGUCGGAGGGUGGGUUUGUGAGCUUAGCAGAGGUGGAGAGGCGGGUCAGGGAGCUGAUGGACUCCCCAGAGGGCGAAGCAGUGAGGCAGCGAACACAGGCAAUGAAGAAGGCGGCCGAGGCGGCGCUGAAGCCUGGCGGGUCGUCUCUGAGUGAACUGACCAGACUGGUUGGCUCAUGGAAGCUUGCCUGAGUUGGACAAACCAUCUUCCGUAUGGUCGUCAUAUUGUUAUUGUUCACAUCCAAUGCAUGUAAUUUGCACGUUAUGGAUUUUGUUAUGGUAAUAGUUUAAAAUUUUAGAAUUUACUACUAGAUCAUGUCCCUUUUUGUAAUCGGAAAAAAAAAAUCAGAAUUUACAAGCCGUAGAGGCGAAUGGAAUGAUCAGGGACAGGUACUAAGAGGUGCUCUGUAUCGGGUGCUCUUGGACUAGUCCAAAUGGGGCUCGAAUGUGAAUGAUCAAAUGCAACAGAGGUCAAUUGGUUGAGGCCCUUAGUGGGUUGACUCAGCUUGAUUGGAUUAA